GCUUUCUCUUCUGCUACUUGUUCAAAUUAUUUAUUGGCAUUUUUUUAUUCUCUCCCCCUUUCUUACUCGACACAUAUAAACAGCUCAAUGACACCAUCACUCGUACUCCUUGCGAUAAACAUCCUCAUACAUUAGUUCAAAUUUUCUUCUCCCUACACAAAAAAAUAUAUUCUUGUUUUUUAUCUCUUAUAUUCUCAAGAUGCCAUCACCAUCCGCAGACGAACUCACCAUUGCCACGACGGAUAUUGCAAAUUCAUUAGACUUAGUGAGCCAAGUAAUAAAACAAUGUGCCGACCGGAUACGCAACAACAACCCGUAUGAUCUCCAAUCAGCGCUACAAAUCAUGCUCCAAACUGCAGAUACACCCGGAUGCAAGAUCGUGUUCACGGGCGUAGGCAAGUCAUAUCUGAUUGGCAAAAAACUCGCCGCCACCCUAACCAGCGUAGGAACCCCCGCCAUCAGCCUACACUCCACCGAGGCACUCCAUGGCGACCUAGGAAUUAUCCACCCAGGCGACUGCGUCGUCGCACUCAGUUACUCUGGUGCCACAGAAGAGGUUCUCCGACUAGCAUCGGUCUUGCACGGAGUGCGCUCAAAGGAAGAAGCCUCUGUGGGUUGCGGCAAUACUGCGGGCGGCGCAUAUUUGAAUAAUUCUCACUCGGUGCGGUUGGUCGGUAUGGGUAAAUCUGCGGAAUCUCCGCUCGGACAAAUGUGCGAUGCUUGGAUUGAAAGCGCUGUGGAGAUGGAACUUUCGCCUUUGGUUAAUGCUCCGACGUCCUCGUCUAGUUUGAUGCUGGCUAUUGGUGACGCCAUUGCUAUUAUGAUGAUGAAACGCAGGCAUUUCGGUCCUGUGGAUUUUGCGCGUAACCAUCCUGGAGGUCAUCUUGGAGUGGUCAGCCGCGAAAUUGCCAGGCAGCAGGAGUUGGAGGAUGAGUUGAGGAAUACCGGGAAUUUGGGAUAAACUAACGGGGUGACAUUGAUGUCUCCUAAUUCUCGUCCAAUUAGACUAUAAAUUGGCCAAAUGACCAGCUGCAGAGGAGAGGGGGUUGGCUCUUGAUUAUCUUUGGCGCUUAUUUCGCCCGUCCUUCUUCACAUUUAAGCAUCCGGAUACAUGCAAUACUAUCAUCUCGGCAAUUUAAAUGCGACAUUAAUUAAGAAUAAAUUGAUACA